GAAGCCGGUUCUCCAUGAUAAAAUAUUCCAUCGGAUAGAAAUGUUGGCGAAACGUCAGUUAUGUAAUGAUCGGCAGGGGAGGAACAUGAUACUGGAAUGUCCCUAUCCCGUUCUCCUCUUAUAACAUUCACACGAGGUGUCAAGAAUCAUAGUGGUGUAAGUUGUGCCUUUAAACUACCAGUUUGCAUAAAUUGCACAUUAAUUACUUUAUUUUUCAACUUAUGGAAAAGAACUGUAACAGAGAAUAGAGAGUUACAAAUGUAGGAGAUAUUUCUGAAAGUUCAGACAGAAUUUAAAUUUUUCAAUAUUUCGACUCGCAUCACUAUGACUUUCGGACCGUCAAUUAUUAGUUAACUAUUAGUUAAAUAGUUCCUUGUUCAUACUAGUUAGUUAACUAUUAGUUAACUAUUAGUUAAAUAGUUCUUUGUUCGUACCAUGAACAUUUUCUCGUAUAAGAGUUUUCAGGAAAAGAUGAAGGAAAAUUUAAACUCUCGCGUAAAAUUUACUUCUGUAAGAUUCGCCGAUUCAUUUUAGAUUCGGUUAAACUCAUCGAAUCGAUGAUUCACUGAGAUUCCACGGGAAUUGCGGUUCGUUUGCGUGAGAUAACCGUGCGAUAAUCUUAUUUCAUUAAGACGACAACAUUGCUGAUCAGAACUCCAUGAAGGGAAUGCGGUUCCGCUUCUCGGUUUCAAGCUGAUCGUCUUGGCGCCAAAUCGCGUCUCGAUCGAAAGUUCCGAUGAAUUACGAGCCAGUAAUCGAAACCAGUUCCUCAAGGUUGUAUGCCUUGUAUGCCUGAAACCAUUACGUACUAAUCUUCGUGGCAAGCUUCAUUGGAAUUCCCGUAACCUAAUAACACCAAUUCUUUAAAAAAAAAAAAAAAAAAAAAUUGGCGUGUAAACUCGUCUAAUUUCAAUCAAUAAAAAUCCCAAGUGAGCUUCGUCAAUUCAUCUUCUUUCAAGAUUUGUUUAGAAUGUCUGCGAGACCUGUGGCUCGUGAUUACUGUACGAAAGAAAAGUCUUCGAAAGAGAGUGGCAAAAGUAAACCGGAAACGAUUGAUGUGCCAGAGUUCGGAGCUCGCGACAUCGUCCCUCCAGACUCUAAAGAACAGUACCUUUUCUUAUUAGAAUUCUUUAUUCAUCACGUAACCAGCGAACGUCUGGCGAAACUCAAUCAAAUGUUCUUCGUCCCGACUACGAUAUCCGUGGAGUUCCUCAACUUCGCGGGGAAAGAUGGCAUCGAGAUAACCCCGGUGGACCCGUUGUUUCAACCUCAAGCAGGGGUUGCAGAUGACGUCGAAUAUUUCUUCUCUGGUCGCUCUGUGAUGUUCGCCAUAGAUCAAUACACCGUGCUGAACAAACUCUUGGACUUGUUCGUCAGACUGUGCGUGCAGAAGAAAAUGCCAGAGGGUGUGAAGCCGGAUGUGUUAGUAGGCAAAGGAGAGCUGGAUCUCUCGAAACAUUUCGCUGCCUUGCGAAAGGAAAUGCUGCAAUGCUGGCACAAAAUGGCCCCGCCGCCGAAAGUCUUCGAGGGGGAAGUUCCGUUGAUUUACAACGAGAGUACAAUCGGCGGUGUGUGCAUGUUCGUCAGAAUUUCCGCAUUCGGGCAAACUAUCGUCACGGAGUUCGACGCACCGCCGGAAAGAACCGUCUCGUCUUACAUCUUCAAAGGCGGCAGCGGAAUCUGUGAUAAAUCAACGCCAACGUACAAAUGUCGCAUCGUCGACUCUCAAGUCGCGAACAUUUGCAGAGACUCGAUGGAGGAACUGCUGAAGGGCGGACCUCCUUGUCGCGUUUGCAUUAAGGAAGAGCAUCCCUGCACACCGUGCGGACAGACAGUUGGUGCCACGUUGAAACCGAACGUAAGCCGCAGACAGAUCGGUGGAGCGACGACACCGGCGACGACGUUGCGAUCAAAACCGGAUACUUGUUCCGACGUGCAGAAUGCUGGUCUGAUACAAUCUAGCCGUGGGCCGGUGCAACCGUGCGGAAAGAUGGUGGUUCUGAAAAUGUCCGGGAUCCUGGAUACUGGCCAGGACAAGAAGCCCACCGUUACCGUGGCGCCUGAGUGUGAAACCGAGCCGGUUACCGAUCCCGAUCAUGACGUGUUUGUCCUUCGAAUCGGAAAAAAGGGGCUCGUCGGAGCUGGAGAGAAGUCUGACAUACAGCUGGAGAUGAAAACACCUAAAGGGCCCGAGAAAGGACCUCCUAUCAGAUGCGAGACCAGGGAAAUGCAGACGGACGAGAAGAAGAGCAAGAAGAAGGCGAAGAAGAAGAAGAAGAAGAAGAAGUGAAGUUGGGUGGAUUGGAUACAUUUUUUUCCUUUUAGAAAUUCGUUUGAAUUGACACCAGAGUUGCACAUUGAUUUUAUCGUUGUAUUUUGUAUUCUGUUUAUGCAAGUUGUUAUUAAACUCAUUCUUUUUUAUCAUUAAA